AUGCGGACAUCUCCAAAUGUGAUAAUAACAGGCACGCCCGGCGUAGGAAAAACCGUCCAUUGCGAACAAUUGGCCGAGGAGACAGGUCUGCGGCAUCUUUCAAUCAACCAUGUCGCAAAAGAGCGAGACUGCUACGAGACAUAUGACCACGAAUUACAAACCUGGGUUGUGGACGAGGACAAACUCCUGGACGCUAUCGAGGAUCAAGUACUUCAGGGUGGCUAUCUAAUUGACUGGCAUGCAUGCGAUCUAUUCCCCAAGUCAUGGAUUGAUUUGGUCGUUGUAUUACGCUGCCCAUCUACUGCUGUUCAUUAUGAUCGUCUCGCAUCAAGGGGAUACAAUGAGACGAAGCUGCAGGAAAAUUUAGAUGCCGAAAUAUUUGGUGUUUUGCUUGACGAAGCUCGAGAAGCCUUCGACGAGGAAUUAGUGGUUGAAUUGAAUAGUGAGAGGGAUGAUGAUGUAGAGUCCAAUUGCGCAAGGAUUUCUAGCUGGGUACAAUCUUGGAAAAAUGACCGAGCCUGA